AUGCCAUUUGAUCCAAAAACUUACACCAAGUACGAGUUCUUCACCGUUAGCACACUUGAUGAAGGAGUAGCACACGUUCAAUACACCAACCCCAAAACCCUUAACGCAUACACUAAUCAAAACUGGAAGGAUUAUGCCGAAAUAAUAACUAGAUUGGACAAGGAAGAAGACAUUUCUGUAAUUGUUAUUUCCUCGGGUGUUGCAAAAUCUUUUUCAUCAGGGUUGAAUUUAAAAUCAGCAAUGGAGAUGGGGAAGCCGGAUUCAUCACCAGAGAAGGAGAGAAUCCAAAAGUUGCACGAUUAUAUUAUAGAAUUUCAAAAUGCUUGUACUGUUCCAGCCCGUAUCAAUACGCCAACCAUUGGUAUUUUGAACGGUAUCAACUACGGUUUGGCUAUUGAUCUCGCCAGUGCUUAUAGUAUUAGAAUUGGAGUUGAAGGCGCUCGCUUCUCUAUUGCUGAAGUCAACAUUGGUAUUGCUGCUGAUAUGGGGUCAUUACAAAGAAUGCCAGGUAUUGUCAAUAACCAAUCGAGACUUUUCCAACAUGCUUUACUUGGGGAUGUGUUUGAUGUUAAAGAAGCUGCUGAGUUGGGUUAUGUGAGUACAGUUGUGAAAUCGGUUGAGGAAGGUCUUCAGUUGGCUGAGGAAUGGGGAUCCAAGAUGGCACAAGUUCCACAAUGGGCUAUCAAAGGUACUAAGAAACACAUUCAGGACAUUUUGAACGGAACUACUACGGAACAAGGGUUGCUUGAUAUUGCAGACUACAAUGCUAAACAUAUUGCACGUGGCUCUGUUUUUGCGUCAAGUAUCCAACAGACAAGAGACUCGCAGAUCAAGAAUGAGUUGAUCAUGUUGACCGAGCAGAAAAGCUUUAAAAAAUUGGCCAACUUGUUGGAAACUUGGUCUAUGCAUGAUAUUGAUGGCAUGGUUAAAACUUUGGGUAGGGAGACCCUUGCCCAGUAUUUGAAUUUAAUAAUUAAAGAAAAUAGAAAACGAUAUGUCAAAAAGUUUUCCCAAUCACCAAUACAAAAAUCAAGUAGACUGAUGAAAAUAACUGACAAGCAGAGAGACCCCAGUGAUUUCAUAGUUGAAGGCCAAUUAACGAGACAAAUAAGAAAUACUUACCGCAACUUGAUAUACAAUAGUCGCAAUGAGCAUUUUUAUCACAAGGAACGAUCACAAGACAUUUACAGCGGGAAUCAUUUGACGGGGUACAAGUUGACACCGAGUGAUUUUGAAAACUUGAUGGAACUCGAAUUGGGAAACUACAAACUUGACUUGGCUUCGAGAUGGUUCCACAUUUUCUGCAAGCAGUACGAUGUAGGGCAAUGGAAGCAGCAAAUGACUCCCAAGUUAUGGACAUUGGCUUUCAAAAUUGAUGGCAUGGGGGAUAACAAAUUUUGGACAAUCAAGGCGACUGAAUUGUCAAGUUAUUACAAGAACCCACUCAGAAGUCGAUUCAAGCCUCGAAUGAAGUUUGGUUUGUCAGAUGUUAAAUACGGCUUAUAUGAUCUUGAUUUGGAGUUCCAUACUGCUGUCAUUCAGUCUCUUGCUUAUGCUGGGCAACUAAAUGAUAUGAAAUCGUAUGUGCUGCGGAUUUGGAACGUUGAUAAAAAUGGUAACUCAGAUUCGUUGUCUACAAAAGUUAGUCGUGAAAGUCAUUUGUAUCCUAAUACAAGCCUUCUUACCGCCUUGUUUGUGUCAUUGGCUUACAAUGGUGAAUUUUUUGCUGGUAUCAAGUAUAUCAAUGCCUUCCAACUAGCAUAUGAUCAAAUAGAGAAUGUGCAGAGGGACAAUAAAGUGUUUUGGGAACAAGUUUUCAAAUGGGCCAAUAUUUCCACCUUGUUUGAAGAAAAUCAAGCGUUGAAGUACUUUUUGACAAAGAGCAAUUACUCGCGAGGAACUAAUGUAGAUUUGAAAGACGCUCAAAAUGACGCUAGUUUUGAUUAUGAAGGAUAUUUGCAAUUUAUUGAAAGUUUGAAAUCGGAGAGGGUGAAGACAUUUGACCAAUUGUGGAAGAUUGUCCAGAAUGAUGAAGAACAAUUGCCGUUCUCCACUGUCAUAUACAAGACAUAUUUGGAUGUUUUGAAAGAGAAUGAGAAGAAGAAGGAACAGGAACAAAAAUUGUUUGAUUAUCUAUCAUGCUUAUUAAAAGAGUACAUGAGACACAAUAUCAGGUCAAACUCAUUUACAAAACGGUCAGGAUUGGGAUUUGUCCCCACCAACGACAAGAGUGUAUCAAUCAGGGUAUUGUAUACGGAAGCCAUGAAGUCGCUCAUUGAUGUAAAAGGCACUACAACCUUUCUAGGUCAAAUGCAACCAUUGAUUGACAAAUGGAGCAUUGACGAGUCAAUGAAGAAUGAUUUACAAGCAUGGACAGCAUCGCGAAUGCCAAUUUAUAGAAAGGAUUUGGAGGCUAAGCGGGAAGAGUUUAUGAAUAAUUUAACUCAGGAUGAUGAAUCCUUGUUGGAGCUUAUGUAA